AUGGAAUAUCCAAGCCUUAAGGUACCAGCGCCCGAAAUGAAGGGCAAGAGAACAAAGACCUAUUUCAGGGGCAGGGCAACGAACCAACGAUUACAUGUAAGGGGCAGUAGCGACAUAAAUAACUUGAACGAGCAACCCCCAGACCUCUCUGAACUCAUCUCUUCCCUCUAUCCACCACUACUCAUCGACUCACCGAUAAAUAUGCAACUACCCCAGACAAUUACUCUCCUAGCUCUGCUGGCCUCCGCCUCUGCUCAUGCCAUCCGUCGGGAUGAAAGCGAGCCUAAGGCCGAUUUCUCGAAGACCUGCGACAAGAUUACCGUUCCAAAGGGUGGCAACCACCUGGAAGCAGAAUGUACUAGGUCAAACGGGGAGAAGAAGAAGAGCUCUCUAGACCUGAACUUCUGCAUCCGGACCACAUAUGGGGGUAUGGAACCGCACGCUAACGGUCAUUUCUGGGGAAAUCCCGGAUGUACUGGUUGUCAAGUUCUCAAAGAGUCGCCAAAUACUUUACAGUGCGUGUGUAUGACUUCACAGUUGGGUGCAUUCAAGAAGGCAGAGCUUGACUUAGAUAUCAUGGUGUGGAACAAUGAUGGUAUCAUGCAAUGCUAUGACCGCCGCGCGGAUGCUAUCUAA